AUGGUGAUCAGCGACGGCGAAGGGACCAUGGAUGAGGAUUCGGAUGAUUAUUGGGACGACGACGGGUCGUCGCCGAUCGAUUUGAUGGGCGAGGACGAGGACGACCCGAGUGACGCGCGGAUCUUUGGAAAUUCGGCCACGGUGAACGCGCGGAUGGGACAAGAUGCGUGGGGGGGAGAUGCGAGAACUCGGGCGCGGAUGGAGACGAGAGAUCGACUUGGGUUCGGUGGUGCGGGGGCGUCGGCGUUCCAGGCUCGCGACGGCGGCGACAUCGAUUUACCGGACGGCAUCGAUCGCGAGGAGGCGCGAAUGUUAGAGGCGGCCAUGUUGGGUGUGGCGUACAUUCCACCAGAUAACGCAACGGCGAGUAGAAUGGCAGAUUACGGGCCGAGCGCGCCGGCGCCGGCGAGUGUUUUGAACGCGCGGUCGAUCACGACGGAGACGGAUCGAGCGUACGAAGAGUCGCUGCGGGCGGAUCGAGAGAAAGAGGCGCAACGACGGGCGGAGAAAAUCGCGAAGGAAAUGAUUGAGGCAGAAAAGGCACAGGCGGAGGCGCGAGAAAAAGCCGAAAGAGAGGCCGAGGAAGCGGCGCGCGCGAAAAUCGCCGCCGACGCCGCCGAGGCGCUGCCGGACGAACCCAACAUCGGGGACGACGACGUGGUGAACAUUGCGUUUAGAUUACCGGACGGUUCACGCGUGAUGCGCCGAUUUCUAUCAUCACACAGCGCACGAGCGCUGUUUUUGUUUAUCGACGGUUACGAGAAGCUCCAUGCUGGUAGUUCUCGGCUCGCUGUCGAGCCAGGGACGUACAGACUCGUCGCGCAACAUCCUCGUCGGGUCAUAGAAAGCGACGACGCGGGGACUAUCGCGGAAGCGGGAAUCACGCACAAGCAAGAGGCGCUGAUGAUUGACUUGCUCGGUUAG